GAGGUGAGCCUGACUAUUUCUAGCCAGUACCGUUAAACCUCCUACACAAGCUCAGGCUCCUGAUCCCCCAGUGAUGUAACAUUCCAUGUCCCAAUAGCUAGAUAGGUUUCCCAGAGAGUGGGUCCCUGAGGCUCCCACCUUUAACUGCUGCCCAAUCUACUUUGCACCGACCCCCUACAGAAAUAUAAAUGAAAUAUAAUAAAAAAACAAACAAGGCAGCAGUGACACAUUCCUGCAUUAGGGAUUAAAUAGCCACAGAAACAGACACUGGUUUUAACAUACUGAGUCCUGUAACGUGGAAAACAUAAACACAUGAAAAUCAAGGUAAUGGAAGAAAAAAAACUGAAUGUGUGUCUAAUGAAGUUCAUGAGACUGGUAAGGGACAGGGUUACAUCAUCUGUUAGAGUUUGUGAAAACAUGGAAGUGUGUCAUCAGAGAAACAUAAAUAACCUGUGUGCUGGGAGGUUUAUUCAUUGGCCUUUUUGUCUCCAACUCCCUGAUGGAAGCCACUGCCGGCUCCUCGCUCUGCUUUCCUAAGCUCAACUCCUCCUGCAGACGCCUGCUACGACCACAGUCUGAGACCGCUCUGCUCUACACCCUGGUUGCCUUCGUCUCCCUGCUGACUGUGGCUCUCAAUUUGAUCGUCAUCUUCUCCAUCUCUCACUUCCGACAGCUCCGCACUCCGACCAACAACCUGCUGCUGUCUCUGGCUGUGUGUGACCUGCUAGUGGGGCUGCUGGUGAUGCCUGUUGAAGGCCUGCGCUACAUAGAGACAUGCUGGCUGCUGGGGAGGCUCAUGUGUGCUCUGAGUCCGUAUCUUUUUUACUGUCUCAUCUCAACCUCAUUGGGCCACAUGGUGCUCAUAUCCAUUGUCCGUUACCUGACUAUCUGUGACCCACUGCAACACUACUCCAAGAUCACCAUGACUAAUGUCAACAUCUGUAUCUUUGUCUGUUGGGUCUCUUCAAUUAUCUAUAACGGCAUAUUUACAAUGGACCAUGUGGGGAACCCUGACAGAUUCAGCUCCUGUCAUGGGGAGUGUGUGGUGGUUGUCAACUAUAUUUCAAGAACUGUUGACUUAUUUGUGAGCUUUGUUGCACCCUGUACUGUCAUGGUGGUGCUUUAUAUGAAAGUGUUUGUGGUAGCGGUUACGCAGGUUCGUGUCAUUCAGUCACAGAGUGUUUCUACUAAUGUUGAAGCAGCUUCAACUGCUAGAACAUCACAGAGGAAGGCAGCCAGGACUCUGGGGAUUCUAGUAGUCGUGUUUCUCAUGUGUUUCUGCCCAUUUUUCUAUCCCACUCUUGCAGGUGUGGAGAGUUCUAUAAGCAUGUACUGCUAUUCCAUAUUAUCCUGGAUAACGCUGUUAAACUCCUGCCUGAACCCCCUCAUAUACGCUCUGUUUUACCCCUGGUUUAGAAAAGCCGUCAAAGUGAUCUUCAUGCUCAGAAUAUUACAGGCUCACUCCAGGGACGUCACGGUCAUGUAAACACCUGGAUGUAUGAGGGACUGGUCCUUUUUAGGUGUUUCACUUUUGAUCUGUUCCAUAGCAUCAUGUCCUCACAGUUUUUUCUUUUGUCAUGGAGUCAUGUAAACACACAUUUCCCACAUUUGUGGCAGCAAAACACUGUUAAAUGUAAUUUGUGUCUGGAGAUAAAACAUUAUUUUUAAAAAUUGCAAAGGUAAAGGCAAAUAUAUAUAAUUGAGUAUAAAUGUAGGUAUCCGUUUAUUCAGUUUAAUUUUAACCAGAUUGUCCUGAAGAAAAAACUGCAAUAAGAAUCAAAGAGGCAUAUGAAUAUUUCAAAAGAUUCUAUUGUUUAAAUAUGCCUUCAACAUUUCUGUCACAUGUUUAUAAGGUUUGUUUAGAAUGGCAUUAUCGUAUUGAGACUUUAAAUUUUUUCACUUUUCUUCCCAGUGUAAAAAUAAUUACUUUUUAACGGAUACCCCACCGUAAAAAAGUAUUUUUUUUUUUUUACUACAAAACUAAAAAUAAACUCUAAAAAUAAACAUCUAUGUCAGGCACGUUUUCUAAGCCCUUGUACAUUAAAAGUGUAGCUAAACAAAAUCAGCACAAAUAAUGUAAUACAACUAUUCUGGUUUAAAUCAUUUAAUUGUAAAAAGAAAGUAUUGGCUUUCAAUUUAAAUAUACUUAGAUGAUGUCACCACUGAAGAUGUCAGAAAGAUGUCACCACUGAACUACAUUAUGUAGGUUUCUAUUACUUUAAAGGCAUAAAUGAUGGGGUCAAUAAGGGGAUGGAGCCUGGAACUAAGCAGAAAUGAACUUAGUCAAAAUAUAUUACACCGCAAAGUGGUGUGAGCAAUAUCAAGAGCAUAUCUAUUGACUGGGCUACCUUUGUGAUGAGGAAGGAGAAAUGAGUGAAACAUUGCUUGAAGCCACCUAAUAAAUUCUAAUCCAGGUAGGCUUCUACCUUCUGUGCUAAAUCACCAUAAACAACUUUGAGGGGGGUCUAUUACAA